AUGGACGGCGACGAAUCCAUGAACGGCCAGGUUCCGCCGAACGGUCAGUUGCCGCCGAACGGACAGUUGCCGCCGAACGGACAGUUGCCGCCGAACGGACAGUUGCCGCCGAACGGUCAGUUCGGGCAGCAACCACAUGGAUUCCGACCUGGGGCAGAUCCGUACAUGCAGUGGUUCUCGCAGCAGCAGCAAGUCUACGUGACGGAGAUGUUCCGCCAGCAGCAGGAGGUUCUCCAGCAGCAACAAGCGGCCAUGCAGCAGCAACAGCGAGCGUUCAUGGAGCAGCAGGAGCAGCUUCUACGGAACGUCAUGACGCGGAUCAAUGUACAGGUCCCGCCGAACCCGGAGGUCAUUCUGGACUCGCUUGCCAACAACAUCAAGGAGUUCAGGUAUGAUCCGGAAAACAACGUCACCUUCGCGGCCUGGUACAAUCGUUAUGACGAGCUCUUUGCGAACGACGCUAGCCGGCUGGACGAUCCGGCCAAGGUGCGCUUGCUGCUCAGGAAGCUGGGGAUGUCGGAACACGAGCGGUACACGAGCUACAUACUGCCGAAAACAGCUAAGUUUUUCUCGUUCGCGGAUACCGUGGCAAAGCUUACGUCACUGUUCGGUACGGCCGAAUCGGUGAUCAGUCGACGGUACCGCUGCUUGCAGAUCAUGAAGCAACCUUUGGAGGACUAUGUCACCUAUGCCUGCCGCAUCAACAAAGCUUGCGUUGAAUUCGAACUGCCCAAGCUCUCGGAGGAGCAGUUCAAGUGUCUUGUUUUUGUGUGUGGUCUGAAGUCAGAGAAAGACGCAGAAAUAAGAACGCGGUUGCUGUGCAGGAUCGAGGAGCGAGCAGACAUAACACUGGAGCUGAUUUCGGAAGAAUGCCAACGCCUUCUCAACAUUUGGCACGACGCGGCGAUGAUCGAGGAGCAGGUAGCCGCUGUGCAAGCGUUGGAUUCGAAGCCGAAGUUCCCGAGGAAGCAGUUCAAGUCUGGUCCAGCUGGUGAUCGCGCGAAGUCCGGUAGAAGUGGUCCAGACACGGCCUGCUGGUUGUGUGGUGGGAUGCACUACGCAAGGGACUGCUCGUUCAAGGCGCACGAGUGCACCGACUGUGGACUGGUUGGCCACAAAGAAGGCUACUGCCGGAGCGCUGAGAAAGUCCGGAAGAAGUACGUCUCGACGAAGGUGGUGAAAGUUAACACGUGCAGCGUGGAAGAUCGUCGGAAGUACGUGCCAGUCGUGAUGAAUCGCACCUCUGUGCGGCUGCAACUCGACACCGGGUCCGACAUCACCAUCAUCUCAACGGGAACGUGGCGCAGCAUUGGAAGUCCACCGAUGUCAACAACUUCCGUCGUGGCAAAAACUGCUACGGGCAAGCCCUUGGGGAUCGACGGUGAGUUCUGGUGCGAAAUGGUGGUCGGGGGACGAAAGUCUUCUGGUCUGGUUCGAGUGACAAGUCAACCUCUGAAUUUGCUGGGCUCUGACAUAAUUGACAGCUUUGGGCUGUGGUCAGUGCCGCUUGACACCAUCUGUCAUCUGGUUGAAACGUCAACAACAACAACAACAAAUGUUGAUGCACUCAAGGCGGAGUUUCCACAUUUGUUUUCUGGAGAGUUGGGCUUGUGCGUGAAGACGAAGGUGAAACUUGAGUUGAAGCCGGAAAAAUCACCCGUUUUUCGGCCCAAGAGACCGGUUGCUUACGCGAUGUACCAAGCUGUGGAUGAGGAGUUGGACCGACUCGAACGCUGCAACAUAAUUUCUCCUGUGGAUCUUUUGGAGUGGGCAGCUCCGAUCGUGGUGGUACGAAAGGCAAGCGGAGCAGUACGAAUCUGUGGAGACUAUUCCACGGGGUUGAACGACGCGUUGCAGCCCAACCAGUACCCGUUGCCUCUUCCCCAGGAUAUUUUUGCUAGUCUGGCCAGUUGUACCGUCUUCAGUCAGAUUGACUUGACCGAUGCGUACCUGCAGGUGGAGAUGGACGAAAGCUCGCGUGCCAUGCUCACCGUCAACACGCACCGGGGACUAUACCAGUGCAACCGCCUGGCACCUGGAGUAAAGCCAGCACCGGGAGCUUUCCAGCAAGUCAUCGACGGGAUGCUGUCCGGGCUCGUGAGGACUUGUGGUUAUCUCGACGACGUGGUUGGGGGUUUGGACGAAGAGGACCAUAAGAAAAACCUACGGGCGGUGCUGCAGCGCAUAGAGGAGUUUGGUUUCACGAUUCGUGCGGAAAAAUGUUCGUUCGGUCAGCCGCAAAUUCGCUACCUGGGCCAUCUUCUUGAUCGCCAGGGAUUGCGGCCGGAUCCAGCCAAGAUCGAAGCAAUCGCCAAUCUCGCCGUUCCGACCGAUGUCAGUGGAGUUCGGUCAUUUCUGGGAGCCAUUAACUACUACGGCAAGUUUGUGGCGAACAUGCGCAAUUUGCGGUAUCCCCUCGACGAGCUGCUGAAGGAUGGGAACAAGUUUCGGUGGACGCCGGAAUGCCAGCAAGCGUUCGACCGAUUCAAGCAGAUUCUCAGCUCCGACUUGAUGCUGGCCCACUACGAUCCGAUGCAGGAGAUUAUUGUCUCGGCCGACGCGUCAUCCGUUGGGCUAGGCGCAACCAUCAGCCACAAGUACACCGACGGGUCGGUGAAAGUCGUUCAGCAUGCAGCUCGGGCGCUGUCGUAGGCGGAACAGGGGUACAGCCAGCCGGACAGAGAGGGUCUAG